GACUCCAAUCCCGUCCCACUCCACCUCUCAGCUGCUGAACCUUUAGAGGACGAUCACAGGACGUCGGAGGAGGCAAUGGAGUUCAUACCACGAAGCGAGGAGGAGAUGGAGCUGAGAAGAGGAGCGUGGACUGCGGAGGAGGACCUCGUUCUGAUGAACUAUAUCGCUCUUCAUGGCGAGGGGCGAUGGAGUUCCCUCUCUCGUCGCGCAGGACUGAGGAGGACAGGGAAGAGCUGCCGGCUCCGGUGGCUCAACUACCUUCGACCCGACGUCCGGCGCGGCAACAUCACGCCGGAAGAGCAGCUGCUCAUCCUCGAGCUCCACUCUCGCUGGGGAAACCGGUGGUCUAAGAUAGCGCAGUACUUGCCCGGGAGGACCGACAACGAGAUAAAGAACUACUGGAGGACUAGAGUGCAAAAGCACGCGAAGCACCUCCACUGCGACGUCCACAGCAAGCAGUUCAAGGACGUCUUGCGGCACCUCUGGAUUCCUCGCCUCGUCGAGAGAAUCCAGGCGACUUCCGGCGACUCCCCUGCCGUUGCGUCUGCCGGUGCUGAAGCUCCGACGACUUUUGGCGGGCCGGUGAACGCCAUCCCGGAGCUCGCGCAGGUGAAGAUGAGCCCGGAGAGCUCGAGCACGGGCGGCUGGUCGUCGGUGGACUCAUUUGGGUUGGAUUUCUCGCCGCCUCCGGUCUCAAACGACUUCGGCGCCGGCAUGCAGGGUGGUGAGGACAUCAUGGGCGUCGACGGCGUCACUGGAUGCUGGUCGGAGUGCGGGUAUUCUGAUCUGGGGUUACCGGACUUCGACCAAAGCAUAUGGGAGGAGGAGUUGUGGAGCAUGGAAGACACAUGGCUUCAGCAACAGUUUUAGGAAGGAGAGGAAGAGGCAUAUAUAUAUAUAUAUAUAUAUAUAUAUAUAUAUAUAUAUAUAUAUAUAUAUAUAUAAGAUUUUUCAGACACUUUAUCCAUAUAUUCCCAUUUUUAUUAUUCUUUUUUAACAUGUAAUUAAGUCUGAAAUGAAGUUUUCAGAUUUGAGAUGAAGUUAACUGAUAAAAAUAAAAUUGUUCUUAUUUAUUGUCUCAAUAAUUCUUCAAAAUAACAAAAAAACACGAAGAAAAUCUCGAGUCUCA